GGAUAAAAUUAAUUUGGGGUUUCCUGUACAGGACUUGUCAUUUGUGAUUCAAGGUUCCUGUUGCAUUCUACACAGAUUGGUAUGAAAUUUGUCAGAUAUUUACGAUGUUCAUUUGCACAAAAAUCAAUCUAUUUUUUUUUUUUUUUCGUUCUGCAGUUUAGCAAUAUAAAUGUCUGGAACGAACCAGUGUAUUUUAACGUCAAAAUAAACAUCACGAUAUCUCACACAAUGUAAAACAACCUUUUAUCCUUUGCAGAUAGUGGUUGUGGCAGGACCUCCUCCAUGUUUAUCAAAACAAAUCAAUGUAACUUAAUGCUUUGUAUUUUCAUGUUGAAGGUGUAUAAUUUUAAACAUUUUUAAGACUAAGAGCGAAACAUUUUAUCUUAAUCAACCGAACUCUUCAUUGCAUUUAGAUUUUUACCUACAUAUAAAAGACAAUAUUUUACACUGAGCAAUGGAAAAGUUGCUUGUGUUACACGAGAACAAGCAGUAUCGUGAUGAAUGUGCCGACAUACUGAAUGAAGAAUGGAGAAGAAGUAAAUCUGCCAGACAUUGAUAGUGCAAAUACUGUUGUUGCUCACAGCAGACUCUCAAAAGUUCAUGGAAAAACCAAUGCCUGUUUAGUGGAAUCAGUUGUGGUUAGGAAAAAUCUUCGUGGAAAAGGAUAUGGGAGGAAAAUCAUGCUUGAAACAGAACAAUAUGCAAAGAGGAAAGGAAUGACUACAUUGUUUCUGAGCACUCAUGACAAACAAGAUUUCUACAAACAUUUGGGAUACACAUUCUGUGAGCCUAUUGUCAGCUUUGGUGUCAACACAGAUAAUCUACCAGAAGGCUUUUUGCAAAGAUUUUUACCAGAAGUUUCAGAUGAGAAAGAUAUAAGCAAAGAUACAGAAAAGAAACCAUCCAUUCCGUCCCCAGAACCACCUGUAGUAGCUGUCCCCGCCCCACCACCUCCGCCACCGCCACCACCCCCAUCCAUAGGCGUCAUCCCAAAAGGAAAACCAGAAAUAGUUAAAUGGGAUCCUAGUGCAAUAUCAUGGAUGAAAAAAGAUCUAUAAUGUGAGACACAUUUUGAUGUUUUUGUAUUUGUACCAUAUUUACUCUGCUCCGUAAUUUGUAUAUUAACUUUUACGAUAUGUUUUCUGUCCAGGACAUUUUAUUUUACUGGAUUAUUUUUCAGCUGUUUUCCUUUUGUGCAAUACAUUUAAUAUGAACAAUCCACAGCAACAUAAUUUGACCUCUGGAAAUGAGAUAAUGUACUCCUAAUAGAAUAAAAUUAUUAUAAAUCAA